AUGUAUUAUCUGUUAGUUGGGGCAGGAUCAGCUGGCUGCGUUGUCGCUAAUCGACUGUCGGAGGAUGCAGGCGUCACGGUACUCCUGAUAGAGGCCGGCGAAGAUGAUUGGAGCAAUCCCAACAUUACCAUCCCAGGCUUGGCUGUCGCCACCUGGCGGACGGACAUUGAUUGGGCCUACUCCACAGAGAAACAAAACGGGACGAUGCUGGGCUUUACAGAUGAGGUGAAUGCAGGGGCGUAGGAAUGGGGGAGGGAGGUGCUGAGUGCGAUGUUCACCCUGGGGCGGCACUUUUCUCUUUACAUAAAAGGGUGGAAUUUUCGGCCAACUGCAGGGUUGUUGUUUUUUCGUCGGAAGGGGUGGCAAAAGUCUUGGCCCGCCCAGGGUGGCACUGACUCUAGCUACGCCACUGAGUGAAUGUUUUAAAUACUAAGUUGCUUGACUGUAAAGAUGAAAGGAAGACCGACCUUUUUUAUGCGUAAUGGAGUCCUCCUAAGAAAAGUCAUCUCUUGCAGUUAUAGUCAAUUAUGUGUCUAAAACUACUUGUUAAAUACCCCCCAAAUAUGUCAUAAUUGUUGUGUCAAAAGAAAAAAAAGAGACAAAUAUUCAUCUUCUAAUCCUUAAAAUAACAAUGAAACCAUUUUCAUUGACACUUGAGAUCACGGAUUUUGUGAGAUGUCUAGCUGUCAUUCUAUCAUUUGCCACCAUUCAGAUUUUGCAUCGAGUAACCCCGGUCAGGAUCAUCUAUAGUUCGCCGUCCAUCUAAUUCCUAGGUAUCAUACUGGCCAAGAGGAAAGGUCCUUGGUGGCACCAGCAGUAUCAAUGGCAUGCAGUUUGUCCGGGGGUCGAAGCACGACUACGACAGGUGGGCCAAGUACACAGGGGCUGAGGACUGGAACUACGAACAUGUUCUGCCCUAUUUCAAGAGAAUGGAGGACAUGCAGAUACCCGAGCUAAGAGGGUCAGGUGAGGAGUUUAGUAGUGUUGUUCGCGUGUUAAUCAAUGUAACUAACACACACAUUUUGGUGGGGGCUUUAACUUACGCUAUUACAACCCGGCUAGCACAUUCGUAACCAGCUCUAUCUGCUGAGUUGUGCCGUAUAGCACAGUCGUAACCUAGGACUCCACCACCGCCUCCUCCCAACCCACAUCCAGUGCUGGACACUCAGUCAACAGAUGCGCUAGAGUUUCUGGGACUAGGCUGUAACGCCGGGAGGUCGGGUCCCUCUUGGUGUCUAGCCUUUGAAAGUAUGCGAUAAACACCCGAACUAAAAGGACAGAUGAAGGGUUUAAAACAGUUAAUGUGUAAGCCAAUCGAUAUGUGAAGUGUAUCUUUACAGAACAGGGCGAUUGCACUGUGUCAGAUCUCUUUGCAAUUUGACACGAGUUAUCCGUUAAACCAAAUGCAUAUCAUGAUGUAAAGUAAAUAUAGCCACAAGUGUAGCUAGCUAUUUUAGGAAGUAAUACACGUGGCUACUCAUACGUUUAUUUAGAUGAAUUCUUAAAAGUAAAGCACAUUAAUAUAGGAAUAGCGAAUGAUAAAUAAAGUUUGGUUUGCCGUAAAAAUUUAAUUCGAAUAUGUUUCGUUGCUGAGAUAGGCAUCCAUUAAAAAAAAAUAACAACAGAUUUUCGUUUAUUUACUUUUCAUUUUUAGCUUUAAAGAUAAUCAAGCUUAAAUUGAUUAAUAAGGGGGAUCAAAGCUGAGUGCUUUCAUGAUGAAAGUUAGUCUUUUUUUGUUACACUUUUCAAAUAUUUCGUAUGCACAUAAUUUAUUAGGAGCACUGGUAAGAUGCGUAAGUUGCGUACUCAAUAUUUUGAAAGAACACAUUUAAUAGCAUAGUCACUUUUCCUUGAAGAAAUGAAACUCGCUGCUACAUAUCACAUAAAUGAACCAGUCGUAAAACACAAAAUAGAAUCACAGAAGAUGCAGGAGCUGAAAACUGAAAAAAAGGUAACACAACUAUAAGUACAUUGUGUCUUUUUUUUUCUUCUUUCAUGCAUAAGAAUUUUUCUUUGGGGGAGAGGGGGGGGGGAAAUAAUUUCACAGAAUGAAGGAAGCGAUGAAUGAAACAAUGAAUGGAAACCAAAUUUUACCUGGUGAAAUACGUAACGAUAACCAUUUGACCUACAUAUGUUAACCGGAAUCACUGAAUUUACAGAAAUUUUCCAUUUAUAGAAUACCAUGGUCAAGGAGGUCCCCUGCCAAUCAACCGAAUCAAGUCUCAGCCGGUGGCCAGCAAGAUCGUUGAAGCUGCCCAAAAUGUGGGUUACCCAUACAAUGCCGACUACAAUGGUGCCACCAUGGAGGGUGAGUGGCUUUAUACAUUUACCCACAAUGGAAGGCGAGUUUCAUGAUUAAACCUUUACCAAGUACAACUUCUUCUCUGAAUGGAAAAUAGAACACCACAAUACCACCUCAUCGAAAAUGUGUCAAAAUUAUUUAUAUAAAUGCCUACAAUUAAACCAGUAUUUGUUCAUCAUAAUUAUUAUUUAUGACCUGGCUUUGACAAUGUUGACACUUAUUUAUUAUUUCACCAUUUAUAAUUUUUUAAAAAGUAAACCUCAUGACUUUCACGUCCCCCUGUCACGAGUCCUGUGGUCAUUUCUUGGGAAGACCCACCUGAUCUCUCUGAUGACAUCCUCCAGGUAUUUCCCAUUCUCAAGUCAAUGCCCAGAACGACGAGAGAUGGAGCUCCAGCCGUGCUUACAUCCACCCCAUCACUCAUAGACCCAACUUGCAUGUGGCCGUCAAGUCCCACGUACAGAAGGUAACUGAUAUUCUUAGAAUUAACAUGUGGCCGUCAAGUCUCAUGUACAGAAGGUAACGGACAUUCUUAGACACAACUUGCAUGUGGCCGUCAAGUCUCACGUACAGAAGGUAACUGAUAUUCUUAGACCCAAUUUACAUGUGGCCGUCUAGUCUCAUGUACAGAGGGUAACUGACAUUCUUAGAAUUAACAUGUGGCCGUCAAGUCUGUGUACAGAAGGCAACUGACAUUCUUAGAAUUAACAUGUGGCCGUCAAGUCUCAUGUACAGAAGGUAACAUAUAUUCUUAUAAUUUAUAUGUUUCAGUCAAGUCUCAUGUACAGAUGGUAACUGAUAAUCUCAGAAUUUACAUUUGACAUUCAAGUGUCAUUUAGUGUAGAGCAAAUGUUCUCAAUCUUUACGCCGCGGUGAUCUGGGGAGCAAUAGCUUCCUCUUGGGGGUGCCACGAAAUAAAAAUGUAAAUAAACGUGUACUUUAAGAAUUUGACAAAAGAAGUGUCGCCGAUACAUAUUUGCCUGGUCUCUUUCAUCGAAUUCGUUCCCACGUAUAUGCGUCGUUAUCACACCGAAUUGGACACAAGUAUAACGUAGCUCGCUAUAGGUAGAAGAAUAAAGCACAACCUUCCUUCUAUCAACGGCCAGAACUAAUAACACGUACUCCAAAUACAGACUAAAGACACGACGUCACAAUUACAAUAAUAUUAUGUCACCAACGAAGUGGAGGGAAAAGCGUUCAUUAAUUAAACUAACACCCAGAACACACGGCGCACAGCAACAAAAAUUUUCGGUGCGCAACAAUUGCUAGUGAAUACCCAUACCCGAAAGGGAUCAUUGUAAAAAUCUAGGUGCAGCAAUGACGCCGAGACUUCAAAUAGUUUGCGAACCUCUGGUGUAGAUUUGCAUGUAUUUUGUUUACUAAAGGUAGGGUGCCAUCUGUGGGUUUAUUUUCCCCAGAUUGUGAUCAGCAACAAGAUGGCCGAGGCAGUGGAGGUGAUCAAAGGUGGCAGAAAGUACACCAUUAAGGUCAAGAAGGAGGUCAUAUUAUCAGCGGGGGCUAUAGGGUCACCACAGAUCCUCUUAUUGUCAGGAGUAGGGCCAAGAAAACAAUUAGAGCAGCUCAAGGUAGUUAGUUUUAAUCUAUGUUUUUUUCUUAAAGCGUAUGUAUGUUUUGUAAAGGCUUCACUAUACUUAUAAAUGAAUGCCUUAUUGAAAUAAAAAUUGUAAUUGCUUUCAGAAUUAUGUAUAUGUUUAUUUACCUUAUUAUGCUGAUUUUAUCGUUACAAAUUGUAUUCGAACUGGCUGUGGAAAAUCUUGACAUUACGUGAUCAAAUUUUUGGGCGUGAAAAAGUGUUAGUGUUCAAUCUCUUCUUCUAUACUCUGAGGGCCCACUAUUAAUGUAUUGAUCACUCUGGCUCAUAUGUUUGUAGAGGGUUCGCGAUGUAACUGGGCGUGGUUUUGAAGGAGAUACUGCACUGGUUGCAAGGGCUACUCAGCGAAGGUAUUAUGAACUGUGGGUUGGAAGACAGGAGGCAAUAGAGUCAAAUGUGGUAAGUGUAGUCACCGCAACAGUUGCUUUUGGAAGCUUGUUCCAGUUCCUUAUAGUCUUUGGCAGGAAUGAGUAGCUCCUGUACUGAGUACUUGUUUUUAUGAACCGGAACUACCUGUCAUGGCCUCGUCACGGGGGGGGGGGGGGGGGGGAGAGGGACAAGUUUAUUUUUAUUGCUGGAGCUUUGGACUGGCACAUUUUUUAUUUUGUACAUCAUGGAGAACCUGGCUAGUCGUCGUCAUUCGUUCAAUGGUGACCAUGCUGCUAAUAUUUAAGGAGUUCCUGUAGCGGUUCAGGACAAAGCGUGCUGCCCAUCGCUGGACCGCCUCCAACCCUUCGAUGCUCCUUGUUGUGAAUGGGUCCCACACUGAAGAAGCGUACUCUAAAAGCGGCCAGACAAAGACUUUAUAGGUUUUUUUCUUUUACGCUGGUGUUGCCGAUCUUCAGUUUUCGCCUUAGGAACCCUCGUGCCAUAAGACCAUCUGUACAAUAUUAUUUCAUUAUAUUUACGUGACUUAUCUCAGAUCCCCGUUGUAGCCGACCUUCCAGUGGGUGAAAACCUCCACGAUCAUGUGUUUUUUGACAUGGGUGUCAAGAUUAAGGAGCCACUCUCUUCUAAGUUUGACAGUCCAACGAGUUGGUGGACUUACCUGGAAUACAAAAUCUUCGGCACAGGUAAUGUGUACAAUUUUUAUUUUAUAUUUUCAGUAACUUUAAAAAUGAAUUCUUUUAUAUGGCUGCAAAUGAAAAAUGGUUUGUGGGAUUGGGGAGAUGUAACGAUUGAUGUAAUUUGGUAUUUGCAUUCAGUAGUUUCUGACUGUCCUGAAAAAAUAACUUUUUAAUUUUCUAUGGCUCAACAGCUUCUUAAGACCGACUAUUCUUUCUCUUUCGGGAAGUCUUGACACUUGCCACUAAUAAUUAGUUCUUUCUUAGGACUCCUGACUUCUGCGUAUCAGGUUGAGGCCCUGGCCUUCAAGAGCACGACAAAAGAAACACGAGAGAUAGACUGGCCAGACUUGGAGAUUCACUUUUUUACCUACCUGCCCCACACAGACUCGAACUCCUGGAGUUACACCAAUGACGUAAGUGCUGGAUAACUAAGGCGUAAAUGCUGGAUAUAUUAGGUGUACGUGCUGGAUAAAUAAGGCCAGAAUUAAGGGAUAUAAAAGAUUCCCUUAUUUUGUGUUUUAUGAUUUUCUUUUUUGUAGGAACGUUGUAAAGAAAAGACGGGGGGGGUGGGGGUGUGUGUUUGGACAAACAUAAAAACAUUAUGUUUACUAUAAUUUAUCUUAUAAAAACCUAAAACUUUAUAUCACUAUGUCGCAUGUUAGUAGGUUACCCAUUUAUUAUACAUCUUUACAUAAAUGUAAUUUUAAAAAAGCACUCCAUCAAUUCUGGCUCCUUUCAUAUUAGGGUGACUCCAUUAGAUCAUUUUGCCUGAUCUUUUCGUUUCUUUCAUUUGUCCCUCAAUCUUUGGGGUAAAGGUCAGCGGUGAAGUAUUAUUUGAGAUUUAGGAGGGACGCAAAAUCCUGAUAAUCGGGAUGCAAGACUUUUAAGAUACUGUUAUAGCAUAUGUUUUGAUCGUGUUUAUGCUGACCACGAGCCGUGGCAUGCCACCUUACCUGUCAUUUUGUUUCUGUUACUGUCGUCACCGAGAACGCUACAACUCCGCCCCCCCCCCAACCGCUCUUGAAUUGGAAAGUUGUUUUACGUUUCAAGUACGGUCUAUAUUUGACUACAUAGAGGGAGAACUAUUCUGUGUUGAUAGCAUUUCUGUUCCCUGGGGAGGUUCUGACUCGCUCACUAUUAAUAACGUAACAUUUGAGAUGGCGUCUGUGGGUCGUCGAGCGCGAGCUCUUAAUACCCCCCCCCCCACCGGCACACCUCCACACGGGCCAGACGCAGGGUCUCCCUGCCGCCAGACGCCGGGAACCACUCCCCCCCCUGGCCUGGGGAACGUCCGGUCGACCGAAAACGCUGCGUUUAAAGCGUUCACGGUCCACUCUCCGUGGGUCAGGACGGCUUUUGCGUCCACUCCGGGGGAAAGGUGUGGCGUUACCCCCACCCCCCUUCCCCCACCGUCCAGGGAGUCUUUCGGUCGGGUCGUAAGCUGGGACGAAGCGGUCGCCUCAGGGCCGUUUAGCUAAAAUUAUCGGUGUGGGUUUUAAACGCCCCCCCCCCCAGACCUCAUAGCCAUUAACGGCAACAAGUCAUCAUGUUCUUGCGUUACUCCUGUUGCGUUGGGAGUCACGCAAGAGGCGGGGGGGGGGGGCUUUUAGCCCCGGGGGAACAACGCCUCCUUACUAGUCGGGCACGCCCCGAAGAGGCAAAACCCCAAUUUAGCCAAAAUUUUCGGGGGGGGGUUUAAACGCCCCCCCCCCCAGACCUCAUAGCCAUUAACGGCAACAAGUCAUCAUGUUCUUGCGUUACUCCUGUUGCGUUGGGAGUCACGCAAGAGGCGGGGGGGGGGGGCUUUUAGCUCCGGGGGAACAACGUCUCCUUACUAGUCGGGCACGCCACGAAGAGGCAAAACCCCAUUCGACUGUAUUUCGCAUGACAUUUUACUAGACUUAUCGGACUUACAGGAACCCUACAAGACUUACUAGAUGUAUGACUUACACACUGAAUGUGUGGUUUAAUAUUUGUAACUUUCGAUUAUUCUCCCUUUUCAACUAGCUGUGCUGUAAGUAUACGUUAACAUAGUUUUGAUUUCUAUAUAUUUGUUUCCGUAUUUUUAUAUCAACUUAAUAGCAUAAUUAAAUUGCUUAUCAUUCAUACCAUUAGUUUUUCUAUCGCUUUUCUUUGUAUACUGAUUUUCAGUCUUUUGUUUCGCUUUUGUUCAUCUAACGAGCCAACAUUUUAAAACAGAUUAAAUUUUUAAAAGCAUAUAAUGGCACUUAACCAUAUGUAUAAUAGUUACUUUUUAAAAAAAAAUGUACAGUUACUCUCAGAAAUGAAGUCUUCAAAUGUAUGACGAAUGUCCUGCUUCAGGUAAACGCUGACCUGGCCGAGAGAGACACGACCAACUACGGGUUCCGCUGUUUGCCAUCAUUACUUCGUCCGGAGAGUCGAGGGAGGAUAGCGCUUAGGUCUCGGGAUCCAUUCGACUAUCCCGUUAUUUGGACCAAUUACCUGAGCCAGCAGGAAGACCUUGAGCUCUUGAUAAGAGGUACAUAAUGUAGCUUUUUUUUUUUGUUUGUUGUUUUUGUUAUUCACCGGGUCUUGUUUGAAUGUUAUAGGUAAAUUGAACUGCUGAUUAUCGGAUAGAAAACUCAAAAGCUCUCUGCAUCCAUCUGUCAAAAUAUUGGCCCAGUUUCUCGCUUAGAAAUUAAUCAGUAAUCAAGUGCUGGAUGCAAGAAGAUUUAUUUUUUUACCGGAGAAAUUAAAAAUUGCCCAAAAGUAAAUCUAUUUCACUAGAGAGCUCUCAGAGAAUAUAGUUUUAACUUCCUUUUAAAAGCAGAAUUAUACAGGUCGUCCUAUCUUUCCGAAUAGAGAUAAGGAAAGGGGACCUUAGUUUUUUAGUGCCAUAAAAUAGCUGUUCUUUUACUUUUAGUGAUAUAACAGAGCUAUUAUUUUAGUGCCAUAACACAGCUUUUCUGUUUUUGGUGCUAUAACAACCAGAAUUCUUCGUUCUUUUAUUGGUCUAACCAGAAUUGCUCCUUCAGUGAUAUAACAGAACUAUUCUUUUAGGGCUAUAAUACAGCUGUAUUUUUUAAAAAAUUACUAUAGCAGAGCUGUUCUUUACUGCUGUAAAAGAACUUUCCUUAUAAUGAUAUCACCAGAGCUGUUCUUUUUUGUGCUACAAAAUGAGCUGUUCUUUUAGUACUGAUUCUACUUUCAGAAACCUCGUUACAAAAAAUUACCCUCUGUCUUGGUAACAUGGUCUUAAAAUUUUGCUUACUUACUGUCUGGAUUCUCCCCCCCCCUCCCAUCUCCCCCCCCCCUCCCUCUCCCCCCCUCUCUCUCUCUCUCCCCUCUCUCUAUCCCCCCCUCUCUCUCUCCCCCUCCCUCUCUAUCUCUCUCUCUCUGUCUCUCCGGUGGCUACGAAAUUUUUUGACGCGUGCAUUUGUAGAUGCGAUUCACUUUGAACGCCAUUACAAAUCUGUUCUAAGCGAUAGUCCUGUGAGAAGAUGACUUUAGAAUUCUGGCGUAAUACAAUGUAUCAUCAAACAAGGUGUGCAAGAGUGUAAGAAAAUCGUCGACGCCAAGCCGUUGAAGGAUAUCGGAGCCGAGCUCACCGAGACGACUCCGGCGAGGGCCUGCAAGCAGUAUCGCUACGACUCGCACGAGUAUUGGUCAUGCGUGCUCAAGCUUCGACCCCUGACCAUCUACCAUCCUGUUGGCACGUGCAAGAUGGGACCAAGUGAUGACCCAUCGGCCGUAGUGGAUGCUCAGCUCAGG